GGCCUUCCCUCCGCCGCCAUGUCGGUCAAUCCCAUGACCUACGAAGCGCAGUUCUUCGGCUUCACGCCGCAGACGUGCAUGCUGCGGGUCUACACCGCGUUCCAGGAUUACCUGUUCGACAUGAUGCUGCUGGUGGAGACCGUCAUCCUGAAGAAGCUGGAGGGGCUUUCCGAGGGCAAGAUCAGCCCCCUCCACAUCCGGAAGGGCACCGAGAAGUUCCUCCUCUUCCUAAAGGAGAACUUCGAUGAGCUCUUCGGUAAAAUGGAAGAAAUGCUUCUGCAGCUGGUGCUGAACAUCCCCAAGAACGUGCUCCUUCCCGAGGACAAGGUCCACGAGCAGUAUCCCUACAGCAAAGAGCAGUUCCAGGCGCUUCAGGAUGAGAUCCAUCAGCUGCAGGAGCAGUACAGGGCGGAGGUGACCGCGGGGCAGGCGCUGCGGGCGGAGCUGGAGGAGCAGGAGGUUGUUGAGGCGGAGCUGGAGAAGAUAUUGCAGUGUUCUGUUGGGCUUGAGAAUAUCUGCAGGGAGCACUGGAACUGCAGCUUCAGGGAGAGCUUUACUUUCUUGACACCCAGCCUUAAGAAACUGCAAGGUACGCUGAAAGGUAUCGAAGAGAAAAGCAAGAAACUAAAGAAGUACGAUACUGAAUCACGAGAUGCUGAAAAAGCAGCUCGCUUAAAAUGACAGGCGCUCAUCUUUGCAGGAGCAUCUCCCAUAGUCCUGACCCCUCUAACCCUGCCAGGAUCUAGACUGUUGAGCUAUGCCUGUUUGUAUCUAUUUAGCACCAACCCAGGGAAGCAGG